AUGGGUAUUUGUGCAUCUACUCAGUGCUUGAAGGAAGGUGGAAGAAUUGUAAAUGGUUCAAGCACAGUCAAGAUUGUUCAUUUGGAUGGGAAGCUACAAGAGCUCAGGAACCCAGUGAAAGCCUCCCACAUUCUCUCACAGAAUCCCAACUGCUUCCUCUGCCCCUCGGAGUUCAUGUUCGUUGACUCGGACGCCCCCCAAGUUCCUGCCGAUGAAGAGCUGCAGCUGGGUCAAAUCUACUUCCUCAUGCCAGUUUCUCAGUUAAGAGCAUCACUGUCUCUCCAAGACUUGUGUUCACUUGCCAUCAAGGCCAGUGUAGCUCUCGCAAAGGGUUCGAGCUUAUCGGCGAUGAGGUCGCCGGUUUCGGACAGAAAUGUAGCUGCAUCACAGCUGGGAUGUUGCAAGGUUCCAACUGGGUUUGACAUGGUGGGGUCAAUGAGUUCAAGGAUGAGGCGAGGCAACCAAAGAAUUGAAUUUUAA